AUAAUGCACUUCCAAUUCACUUUGAAGCUGGAUUUUGUUGUGCUGCAUAGCAAAAUCCACUUUCAAACAAUUGUGCAAGUGGAUUGAAUGUGCAUUAUUCUGCAAGUGCGGAAGGAGCCACGGUCUCUAGCGGCUUGAGCCUCUCCGCAAGCUCAGGUUUCCCAAACCAAACCCACUGGAGUUUAGGAUAUUGGCAAAAGUAUUUUCCUUUAACGGAAGGGAGGGGGGGAAAUCCAGGAAGAAAGGAAGAAGGUUGUCAGUCUCUCUCUCUCUCUCUCUCUGUCUCUCCCCCCCCCCUCCAUUUUGCCAUUUUAUCCCUCCUCCCAGUCUGUGGUUCUGAGAAGUCGCGCGGCCGCCUCUUCCCGGCACCGCUUUUAAGCAGAUAUUUGCAUUUAUCAGUGGGGCCGAUUUGACCUGAGAGGCUGCUGGGAUGGCAGGUAAAUCGCGUGGAUCUCCCUCGGAACGAGCGGCCCCACUUCUUUGUCUGUGGGGGUGUGGAGGGCUCUCUUUAAAACUGCCGGUUGAGACCCUUUAGAGAGAGAGAGCUGGGCAGCAACUAAAAAAUAAAAACCAUUUAUUUUAGGAAGAGCAGCCCCUUCCCAUUUCCUCUCCUGAGAGAGAGAGAGAGAGAGAGAGAGAGAGAGGACGUUCCCUGAGGGCAAAGUCACCCGCAGCCUCCGCUGCCACCCAGACAGGUGACUCUUCAGUAAAGGAUUUGGGUCCAAAUCUGUCUCGAUGGCUUGGCCGGGCGCCCCACAGGGUUGGACGCAUUUUCUGCUCCUUCUAAGUGAGCGAUCGACCUCCCGCCUGUAUUUCCAAUUGCUCCAACAAAUCUCCCUCCUGCAGCCCCGGGGUGUGUGUGUGUGUGUGUGUGUGUGUGUGUGUGUGUGUGUGUGUGUGUGUGUGUGUGUGUGUGUGUGUGUGUGUGUGUGUGUGUGGGGUGGGGGGGAGAGCAGAGCAGAGAAGAGAAGAGGAUCGCUGGCACCGGUCCCGCUCUUGCAAACGCGCGGCUGCCGAUGCGCGGGGGAGCUGGGCGCGCUCUUGGAGAGCCCCUCCGGCGAGGCAGGCAGGCGGGGGGCCGAUAUAGAUAUCAGGGCAUUUCUCCGUCGCCCUCCGUCACGUGACACGAUUACCGACCCGGAAUCCAUCAAGAUGGAUCGCGCGUCAGCUGGCGGUGGGCUUUUUCCCCCCUCGGCCGCCGCCGCGGCUGCCCACAGCCUGGCGCGCGGAUAGAUGGGGCUCCUCCUCGGGCGCCCCGGCGCUCGCCUCCUCCUCCUCCGCUGCCGCCGCCGCUCCUGCCUGCCGGUCCCGGCCCCGCUGGCCCCGGGGAGGCGGCGGCAGCUCCGCCAGCAGCCAUGAGCGACUUCGACGACUGCGGCAGCCGCGGCUCCUCGGGCAUGUAUCUGCCGGGCUGCACCGCCGCCGCCUACUACGUGUCCCCCUCGGACUUCUCCGGCAAGGCGCCCUUCCUGCCGCAGCCGCCCUCCUGCCAAGUGGCCUUCCCUUACGCCUCCAACCUGCCGGCCCAUGUGCCGCCGCCGGUGCGCGACGUGGCGGCAGCCUUCCGGGACUACGGCGGCGGCGGCGGGGCGGGCGGCGGUGGGGCCGGCAAGUGGCCCUACCGGGGCCCCUACGCGCCCUACUACGAGGAGGCGAUGCACGCCAGGGACUUCCUGCCGCCCGCCGCCCGCCGCUCCGACGUGCUCUUCAAGGGCGAGCCGGUGUGCGGGGCCCACCAUGGGGCCGCCGCCGCUGCCGCCGCCGCUGCCGCCGCCGCCUCUAGCUUCUACGGGGCGGUGGGCAGGAACGGGAUCCUCCCGCAGGGCUUCGACCAGUUCUUCGAGGCGGCGCACGCCACGGGCCCGGGCCCGGAGCAGUCGGGCUCGGAGGGGGACCUCAAGCCCCCCGGGGGCGCCUGUGGCAAAGCCUCGCCCCUCCCCAGCCUGGAGAAGAAAGUGGCCGGCCAGGGCAGCGCCGAGGACCCCGCCGGAGAGGCCGGGACGGAGAAGAGCAGCGGCUCAGCGAUCCCCCAGCGAUCCCGGAAAAAGAGAUGUCCUUACACCAAGUAUCAAAUCCGAGAACUCGAACGGGAGUUUUUCUUCAACGUGUACAUUAACAAAGAGAAAAGACUCCAGUUGUCCAGGAUGCUGAAUCUUACGGAUCGACAAGUUAAAAUAUGGUUCCAAAAUCGGAGGAUGAAAGAAAAGAAACUGAACAGAGACAGACUUCAGUAUUUCACUGGGAACCCCUUGUUUUGAGGAGAAGGCGCUGGGGCGGGCGGGAGAGAUUCCUCCUCCGCUGUCCAGCCUGCCCCAUGAGUUGGAAAAUCAAGAGGUUUACAUGACAGCCACCCUGCGGACCUAACAAGUUCCAUUUUUCACGUUCAGCAACACGGAUGCUUCCAAACACUCCUCCUCUGCUGCUGAUGGACUUGGAGGAGCCUAAGGGUAAAUCCAAAAAGUCAAUUUUCUUGAUUUUUUUUUAAAAAACCACUGGUUAUGUUCAUUACUCCCCCCUCCCUUUUUCCUGGUUCAAACCAUCGCACCUCAAAUGUAUAUGCUAGUUGUUUUUUAUAUAUAUAUAUAAAAAGAAGCGGGUUAAACAUAUGAACUGUCUCUCCCUGGUUCCUGUUGCUCCAAUUUUUAGGAAUACCCGCUCUGCCAGGUUUGUUGAAAAAGGUGGUCGUGUAUGUGCGAUGUGUAUCUAUACCCCUGUAUAGAUAUCUCUCUGUGUCUGUUGGCAUAUCAAAGCAUGGGACACUGUCUUGUUGGUGUGAAUAAACGGUUGCUAGAAAAA